ACUAUUCCACCCGCAGCAGCCAUGAUGCAAGAAGGGCUGGACGAUGGUCCCGAUUUCCUCUCCGAGGAGGACAGAGGAGUGUUCGGAGCAUGCUAGAUAGCUAACUAGCAGAGGUGGUCGCCUGCUCCCGCCUGUCUUUCCUUAAACAUGCGCUGUAAACAUGGAGAUAUGGCCGUGUGGGGACACUAAUCCCAACCCUAUUAAAGCCUAGGGCAGUCAAUGUUGACCUUCAAACUGAUGCAACACUUCAAGUGGACAUUUCUGAUGCGUUGAGUGAGCGGGACAAGGUUAAGUUUACUGUCCAUACUAAGAGCACUCUUCCUAACUUCAAGCAGAAUGAGUUUUCAGUGGUGAGGCAGCAUGAGGAGUUCAUCUGGCUCCAUGACUCAUUCGUGGAGAAUGAGGAGUAUGCAGGCUACAUUAUUCCCCCUGCCCCACCAAGACCUGACUUCGAUGCCUCCAGGGAGAAGUUACAGAAACUGGGGGAAGGUGAAGGUUCCAUGACCAAGGAAGAGUUCACCAAAAUGAAACAGGAACUUGAAGCCGAAUACUUGGCUAUCUUCAAGAAGACCGUGGCGAUGCAUGAAGUGUUUCUUUGCCGUGUGGCUGCCCAUCCUGUCUUAAGGAAAGACAUGAACUUCCAUGUCUUUUUAGAGUACAACCAAGACCUGAGUGUCCGAGGCAAAAACAAGAGGGAGAAGAUGGAAGAUUUCUUCAAGAAUGUGGUGAAGUCAGCAGACGGCGUGUUAGUGGCAGGGGUGAAGGAUGUAGAUGAUUUCUUUGAGCAUGAGAAGACAUUCCUUUUAGAGUACCAUAAUCGUGUCAAAGAUGCCUCCUCCAAAUCUGAUAGAAUGAUCAGGUCUCACAAAAGUGCUGCAGAUGAUAUCAAUAGAAUCGCCUCCACACUGUACACUUUAGGAACCCAGGACUCCACAGAUGUGUGCAAAUUUUUCUUGAAAGUCUCUGAGCUGUUUGAGAAAACACGGAAAAUAGAGGCUCGAGUGGCUGCAGAUGAGGACCUGAAACUUGCCGACUUACUGAAGUAUUAUCUCAGGGAGUCACAAGCUGCUAAGGAUCUAUUGUAUAGACGAGGGAGGGCCCUGGUAGAUUACGAGAAUGCAAACAAAGCUCUGGACAAAGCCAGGGCAAAGAACAAAGAUGUGCUUCAGGCAGAGACCAGCCAGCAGGUGUGCUGUCAGAAGUUUGAGAAAAUCUCAGAGUCCGCAAAGCAAGAGCUUAUAGACUUCAAGACGAGACGAGUAGCAGCCUUCAGAAAGAACUUGGUGGAACUUGCCGAACUGGAACUCAAACAUGCUAAGGGUAAUUUACAAUUAUUGCAAAGCUGUGUCGGGGUCCUCAAAGGAGACACUUAGGUCUUUACUGAAGGUUCACUGUACAGAGCUUUCCCCGCUUUGGUCUGGUCUUCACUGAGAAGAUGGAAGAGAGAGCAUAUCUGGGGUCCGUUUGUUUUCAGGAUGUCUGUUCGUAGUCAUCACCAGAGACACCAGAGAUCAGAGACACCGAACUCCACCCACAACCCCCCUAAAACGUGAGGAAGCCGCGGUGGAAUACCUGCAAUAUCCACACAGCACAAGAACCUAUAACUUUGUUAAAUCACGUCAACUUUUUCAUUGUUAACAGCAAUCAUAAUUUUCCAUGGGAAUCUUCUCCCAAUCUUCUCCCAAUCUAGAUUGAUGAUUUGUUAUUAUUUUGUUUAGUGUAAUCUUUGAGGCCAAUAGUUUCAGUAAAACUUUUUUCUGUGAUGCUGCUCAGUUACUUUGUUCAAGAUGAGCUCAUUCUUACUAUUAUUGAAGUGUAUUGUCACUAAAAGCCUUGUACAUGUUGUAUUAGUUCUCACUGUACUGCUAAUGAUUGUUUAAAUUUUUACUAAUACUUUUGUUUUUCAGUAACUUCAUACAAGUUAUGUUCUUUUUUUUCAUUACAGACAAGUAAUGCUUCAGUAUGUUUGCCUUAAUGUAGAGUAAGCCUAUCAAGUAUUGUAAAAAAAAAAUAAAUUAUAUGUUUUUUGUUUUUCCCCAGUUUUUUUUUUUAAGUGCACUGUAUAUGAAUGUUUUUUUCCUUCUGUGACCAAAGCUUCCAUUUAUUUAGAUGGAGAAAUGCUGAAACAAAUGGUUGUACUGAUAAUGAUGAUUAAAAUGAUUAUGAAAAUAUUAAUAAUAAAUGAUACUGUUUACCUUAGAACCGUCCUGAACAUAUUUCAUGAAAUGUUUUGACUAGGCUAUUUGUUGUCCAUCUAUCUAGUUGUCAACAUUUUUAAUUUUGUAUAUUUUAUGACUCCGAGAAACAUGGAAGAAAAGCCAGGGGAAGCCAAUGGAAAAGUACCUUCAAUAUCAUAUUAAACUCCAUUUCGACUGUUCAUAUUAAGGUUGAAUAAAAAUAUGAUUGACACUUUUUAAA